AUGUCGUGCGCCAUUUGCAAAGACUUUAAGGGGAAUACUGAACGGGAAAGCCAGUUCUUGGCUCAGCACGAGGCAAAGUUCACGUUAGAAGACUUGCGACUGUCGGCGAAGUCAUGUCCUUGUUGCUGCAUCCUACAGUCUGGAAGCCGUGGUUGCUUUAGUCAACAUGGAAUUGAUGAGUCUACUGUACUUUCCGUAGAGCUUAAAUUUUACUAUCCAUACGCCGACGAGGACUUGCACACGGACCAUGCAGACAAGUAUCUGUCGUUUUCCCUGAUAGACAGUCAGUGGUUCUAUGUGGAAUUCUUCGCGAGCCAAGACAAUCGAUGUCCCAUUCCUAAGUCUUGGGACUGCAUUCCCACUAAGCCUAGGACAUCGCAGCAAACUGAUAGUGUGCGGGCCUUUGUCGCUCUCAAGAGUUGGAUUGCACGGUGCAUUGUCUCGCACUACCACCCUAAAGGCCAUUGCGAUCAACAAGAGCGUCCAGAACUGCCAACUCGAGUUGUAGAUGUGGGCCUCACCGACGGAAUCGUUAAGCUAGUGGAGCCCAAAGGAAAAAGGGGAAGAUACAUCUGCCUCAGCCACUGCUGGGGUCUUGUUCAAAUCGCAACGACCACCAAAUCAACUUUCGAAGAACGCAAAAGGGGUAUAGCCUGGGGAGAAUUGUCAAAAACAUUCCAAGAUGCCAUCAUGUUGACGAGAAAACUUGGGUUUGACUACAUCUGGAUCGACUCUCUCUGCAUCAUACAAGAUGAUGGUCGCGAUUGGGGUAUUGAGUCGGCUAAGAUGGCUUCCGUAUACAGCAACGGGUUCUUAACAAUUGCUGCAACUCAUUCGCCCAAUGGUCAAGGCGGUCUCUUCGGAAGUACACGAGAUUUUGAACUUCGUGGGAAGACCACACAUGGGGAAGACUAUCGGCUUUAUUUCCGAGAACAGAUUGAUCACCAGAUGCGCAUGGACAAGUAUGCUGCCUGGGGCACAACAUAUCCUAGGAUGAACCCCACCGCAAGCUACUUCCCUCUCCUGACCAGAGCGUGGGUGUUUCAAGAACGUAUGCUAUCGACCAGAGUUCUACACUUUGGUCGGAACGAGAUGUUCUUUGAAUGUAGAUCUUCUAUCGAAUGCGAGUGUGGAGACCCCUACGGUAAUUACGACGGGUCUUUGAUCAAGAUGGAAUAUGCUGAUGCGAUUGCUGAACACAUCGACGGCGAACCUGACCAAGCGUGUGAAGAACCAGACCAAGCGGAUGAAGAACCGGACCAAGCGUAUGAAGAACCGGACCAAGAGUAUGAAGAUUCGGACCAAGUGGAUGAAGAUUCGGACCAAGCGGAUGAAGAAACGUACUACAAACUCGCACGGAUAUGGCGUACAAUGGUCUCCUGUUAUACACCACUUCUUCUGACCAAAUCGAAAGAUCGUUUACCUGCUAUCAGCGGCUUGGCCAACCAAAUGGCCCCCUUGAGAGAUUCGAGGUGUCUUGCAGGGCUUUGGGAGCGAGAUCUCAACGAAGAUCUUCUUUGGAUUGUAUCUACAGGAAAAGAGCGGCCAAGACCAUACCCGUUGAACGCUCCCACAUGGUCCUGGGCUAGUGUUGAAUCACCCGUGUAUUACAGCGACGCGACCAACUAUGGCAAAUGGCGCGAAGGCAUUGACGAGUAUCCACCCCGCGAGCAUUUUAGUGUCGUCGAGAGCUGUGAGUCCUGUUGGUCGAUAGUCGAUGGAUUCGGGCCAUCUGCUCAGGGUUCGCUCAGAAUAUCCGGACUGGUGGCCCAAGGAACACUUGAACAACAGAUGGGCCCCAGGGAAAAGACGGCAUCUACCGAAUAUUAUGUCUCUACUGCAAAGGCUCGUUCGCGUAUGAGACCGGACUAUCUUCUGGACCAUGAAGGGCCUGGCCAGACAAAUCCUCUGACCUCGGUCCUGUGCCUUCGUAUGAGCCUUGUAACAAAAGGUUACGACGACAUGUUGGUAUCACUUGUAUUGAGGAAGUCUCCCAGAGACCACAAUUCUUUUGAGCGAAUCGGGGUUCUUUUAGACUCAGACGAAUCUUAUAACGCUGAUCCAAUAGGAGACCUAUUUGAUUCGGCAGACAUACAGACUGUGAUAAUUCACUGA